GCCCUCUCGGCGCCCGGCGGCCCACGGCAGCAGCAUGGCUCCCGGCGUGGAGCUGGGGUUCGCGGCGGCCGCGGCGGAUCCGGGCGGUGCUUGGCGGCUGCGCAGCGCCUACUUCCCCAGCAAGGUGGGGGGGCGGCCGGCGUGGCUGGGUGAGGCCGGGCUGCCGGGCCCCGCUGCCCUGCGCUGCGGCCGCUGCCAGCAGCCCUGCGCCUUUCUGCUCCAGCUGUACGCGCCGCUGCCCGGCCGCCCCGACGCCUUCCACCGCACCCUCUUCGUGUUCGCCUGCCGCAGCCCCGCCUGCUACCGCCUGGCGGGCCCGUGCGGGCCCUUCCGCGUGUUCCGGAACCAGCUGCCGCGGCGGAACGACACGUACCCCGAGGAGCCGCCCCCCGAGGAGCCGCCCCCGGGCCCGGCCCCCGCGCCCCCGCGGCAGCUGGGCAGCGGCGCCGCGCUGUGCCGCGUCUGCGGCUGCCUGGGGCCGCGCUGCUGCGGGCGCUGCCGCCGCGCCGCCUACUGCGGGCCCGAGCACCAGGCGCUGGACUGGCGGCGCGGGCACCGCCGCUCCUGCGGGCAGCGCGCUGCCGGAGAUGACUCGGCAGAUGCCAUUCCAGAGCGUAACGAAUUCCUUUUUCCAGAAUAUGAAAUUCUGAUAGAACCUGAGGAACCAGAAUUUCCUGCUGACAGCACUGAUGAUGAACAAGGAGCUGUAGAUACAUCAAAGGAUGCGAAAGAACAAGAGAAACUUGGAGCUGCAGGCAUUGCAGAUGAUGCACUUCAGUCCUUAGAUGAAGAGACAUUGGAAGCAAUGGCAAAACAUGAGACUGAAGAAGAAAAGGUCUUCCGAAUGUUUAAAAAACAAGUAGCUGCUGAACCAGAGCAGAUAAUUAGAUACUGCAGAGGAGGAGAAGGUCCACUCUGGGUAUCAGGUGAAAAUAAGCCUGAGGAGAAAGAUAUCCCAAAUUGUGUAUGUGGUGCCAAAAGGAUAUUUGAAUUCCAGAUUAUGCCACAGCUCCUGAAUCACCUUCACGUUGACAGCCUUGGAGAGAGCAUUGACUGGGGAACGCUGGUGGUGUACACUUGUGCUGACAACUGCGGUGGGGGAAAUGAAUACCUGGAAGAAUUCAUAUGGAAACAAGACUAUUCCAUGGGCUGUACCUUAUGAAAUUGGGUCAUCCAAAUGGAAUAUUCAAUUUGUUGCACUGCACCUCUGCACUAUGCAAACAGGUAGUUGAACUAGUCACUGAAAACUGUGCAUCUUGUAACAGUGAAACUGCGGUAACUAGACCUUGACAGCCUCUCUUGUGCUCCAGAGGAGCUUUUACUUCGACCUGGUAAUGAUGCCAAAUGCAUUUGAGAGCUUCAUUUCAAAUCUCAUUUCUGAAAGUUUAUUAAAUAAAAGAUGAAAAACUUU